UAAGAGGUAAUAUAAGAGGCGCAUCUUCGAGUUUGCACAAUUUAGUUUUAAAAGCCAUCCGCUGGAGAGCGGGGCAUGUUAGCGACUUUUAGCACGAUCGGAGCUUAGCCGGCUCUGUAGAGGCUUUACCUUGUGUUGUAUAACAGGAGCAAGACAGUGCUGAGGCCCGAACGGCCAUCUCCCGUGCCAUGGCGCCGGGAAUCCUAUUUUACCUCUUGGCUUCACUGGUCAUCACGAAGGCCAGCGAAGAUGCAGCCGCAACAAGAGCUUUAAUUCAAGCAGACGCUCAAGAAGCACGAGCGUACGGCAAUUAUGGAGAUAACCAGAAAGAAAUCGUAGUUGAUAUCGAAGAUGAAGAGAAAAAACAAUAUUAUGAAACCAACUAUGAUACCAAUGCUUAUGGAUUUGGUUACGAUGUGGGUCCAAACGGUCAGUUUCACCACGAGAACCGAGGACCAGACGGUGUCACAUACGGUUGCUACGGAUAUGUCGACCCCGACGGAUACCUACGAGCCACGCACUACGUCGCUGACAGCCACGGCUAUCGAGUUGUCGAACCCGAAAAACCAGUCGAAGUUUACCCAGAUGCAAAUCACGAAUACGACGAAAAUUCUAUGGAACCAAGCAAGAUACCUGGGCAGAUAGUACCAUGGAAUAAGUUAUAUCUACCUAGUGGAUGUGGCAGAACACCUGGCGGUAUUCCUCCAAAGCCUCUUCCGAAACCGAAACCAAAACCGAAACCACCUAGUCCAGCCCCAGAUAGCGCUAGCCAAACCAGUAACCCGAAACCUGAUGUAGUUUACCCCGGUCAAGGUGGCUAUUACCCUGGUACUGCUGGCACACCAGGAAGUCCUGGUAGUCCCGGCAGUCAAGGUACACCAGGCAGUCCAGGCGGACCUGGAGGCCCAGGCGGUCAAGGCGGAUACUAUCCAGGCUCUGGCAAUGGACCUAACGGACCCAAUGGUCCUUAUGGACCCAACGGACCCAAUGGUCCUUAUGGACCCAAUGGACCCAAUGGUCCUAAUGGACCAAGUGGACCAGGAAAUGGCGGUUAUUACCCUGGUACACCCGGCACACCAGGCAGUCCCGGUUCUCCGGGUGGCCCAGGAGGUCCUGGUGGUCCCGGUGGACCUGGUGGUCCCGGAUCUCAUGGCUCUGGUGGUGGAUACUACCCUGGUUCAGCUGGACCUGGAGGACCCAGUGGACCUAGUGGACCUGGUGGACAAGGACAAGGUGGCUACUACCCUGGUACACCUGGUACUCCAGGUAGUCCUGGAUCUCCAGGUAGCCCAGGAGGACCUGGUGGUCCCGGAGGUCCUGGCGGCCCUGGUGGACCUGGCUCUCACGGCUCUGGAAGCGGAUACUACCCUGGCCAAACUGGACCUGGAGGACCUACUGGACCUAACGGACCCAGCGGCCCCAAUGGACCUAAUGGAUCAGGGCAAGGUGGCUAUUAUCCUGGCACACCUGGUACGCCAGGCAGCCCUGGAUCGCCAGGUGGCCCAGGAGGACCUGGUGGUCCUGGAGGUCCUGGCGGCCCCGGUGGACCCGGCUCUCACGGCUCUGGAAGCGGAUACUACCCUGGCCAAACUGGACCUGGAGGACCUACUGGACCUAACGGACCCAGCGGCCCCAAUGGACCUAAUGGAUCAGGGCAAGGUGGCUAUUAUCCUGGCGCAUCUGGUACGCCAGGCAGCCCUGGAUCUCCAGGUGGCCCAGGAGGGCCUGGUGGUCCCGGUGGACCAGGAGGCCCUGGUUCUCAUGGACCUGGUGGUGGAUAUUACCCUGGUCCAGCUGGACCUGGUGGACCUAAUGGACCUGGCGGACCCAACGGACCAAGUGGACCUGGCGGACAAGGUCAAGGCGGCUACUACCCUGGCACACCUGGCACGCCAGGCAGCCCUGGAUCUCCAGGUGGCCCAGGAGGACCUGGUGGUCCCGGUGGACCUGGAGGCCCUGGUUCACAUGGCCCCGGUGGCGGAUACCAACCUGGUCCAGCUGGACCUGGUGGACCCAAUGGACCGAACGGCCCCAACGGACCAAGUGGACCUGGUGGAUCAGAACAAGGUGGUUACUACCCUGGUACAGCUGGCACGCCAGGCAGUCCUGGGUCUCCAGGUGGACCAGGCGGACCUGGUGGUCCCGGUGGACCUGGUGGCCCAGGUGCACAUGGUCCUGGUGGCGGUUACUAUCCUGGCCAAGGAGCUGGACCUGGAGGACCCAAUGGACCAAACGGCCCCAGUGGACCAAAUGGUCCAUCUGGACCUGGUGGACCUAGCGGAUCAGCUGGUUCAGGACAAGGCGGUUACUACCCUGGUACACCUGGCAAACCAGGCAGUCCUGGAUCUCCAGGUGGGCCAGGAGGCCCUGGAGGCCCCGGCGGCCCAGGUGGACCUGGAGCUCAUGGUCCCGGUGGCGGAAAUUACCCAGGAACACCAGGACAACCAGGCAAACCCGGCCAGCCAGGCUACCCAGGAGGACCAGGACAACCUACACAGCCCGGCUACCCAGGAGGACCAGGACAACCUACACAGCCCGGAUACCCAAGCCAACCAGGACAUCCAGGGUACCCAGGACAGCCAGGCCAACCAGGUACACCAGGACAACCAGGCACCGCAGGCCAACCAGGCCAACCAGGAACACCAGGCGAACCAGGCAAACCCGGCCAGCCCGGCUACCCAGGAGGACCAGGACAACCUACACAGCCCGGAUACCCAGGUCAACCAGGACAGCCCGGAUACCCAGGACAACCAGGACAGCCAGGAUACCCAGGUCAACCAGGUACACCGGGCCAACCUGGCAAACCAGGCCAACCAGGAACACCAGGCGAACCAGGCCAACCAGGCAAACCAGGCCAGCCCGGCUACCCAGGAGGACCAGGACAACCUACACAGCCCGGCUACCCAGGAGGACCAGGACAACAUACACAGCCCGGAUACCCAGGUCAACCAGGACAGCCAGGAUACCCAGGUCAACCAGGUACACCGGGCCAACCAGGCAAACCAGGCCAACCAGGAACACCAGGCGAACCAGGCAAACCCGGCCAGCCCGGCUACCCAGGAGGACCAGGACAACCUACACAGCCCGGAUACCCAGGUCAACCAGGACAGCCAGGAUACCCAGGUCAACCAGGCCAACCAGGAACACCGGGCCAACCAGGCAAACCAGGCCAACCAGGAACACCAGGCAAACCAGGCAAACCCGGCCAGCCAGGCUACCCAGGAGGACCAGGACAACCUACACAGCCCGGAUACCCAGGUCAACCAGGACAGCCAGGAUACCCAGGUCAACCAGGUACACCAGGACAACCAGGCCAACCAGGCCAACCAGGAACACCGGGCGAACCAGCGCAACCCGGCCAGCCAGGCUACCCAGGAGGACCAGGACAACCUACACAGCCCGGCUACCCAGGAGGACCAGGACAACCUACACAGCCCGGAUACCCAGGUCAACCAGGACAGCCAGGAUACCCAGGUCAACCAGGCCAACCAGGAACACCGGGCCAACCAGGCAAACCAGGCCAACCAGGAACACCAGGCGAACCAAGCAAACCCGGCCAGCCCGGCUACCCAGGAGGACCAGGACAACCUACACAGCCCGGCUACCCAGGAGGACCAGGACAACCUACACAGCCCGGAUACCCAGGUCAACCAGGACAGCCAGGAUACCCAGGUCAACCAGGACAGCCAGGAUACCCAGGUCAACCAGGCCAACCAGGAACACCGGGCCAACCAGGCAAACCAGGCCAACCAGGAACACCAGGACAACCAGGCAAACCCGGCCAGCCAGGCUACCCAGGAGGACCAGGACAACCUACACAGCCCGGAUACCCAGGUCAACCAGGACAGCCAGGAUACCCAGGUCAACCAGGUACACCAGGACAACCAGGCCAACCAGGCCAACCAGGAACACCGGGCCAACCAGGCCAACCAGGCACACCAGGCGAACCAGGCAAACCCGGCCAGCCAGGCUACCCAGGAGGACCAGGACAACCUACACAGCCCGGAUACCCAGGAGGACCAGGACAACCUACACAGCCCGGAUACCCAGGUCAACCAGGACAGCCAGGAUACCCAGGUCAACCAGGUACACCGGGACAACCAGGCCAACCAGGAAUACCGGGCCAACCAGGAACACCAGGCGAACCCGGCCAGCCCGGCUACCCAGGAGGACCAGGACAACCUACACAGCCCGGCUACCCAGGUCAACCAGGACAGCCAGGAUACCCAGGCCAACCAGGUACACCGGGCCAACCAGGCAAACCAGGCCAACCAGGAACACCAGGCGAACCAGGCAAACCCGGCCAGCCCGGCUACCCAGGAGGACCAGGACAACCUACACAGCCCGGAUACCCAGGUCAACCAGGACAGCCAGGAUACCCAGGUCAACCAGGACAGCCAGGAUACCCAGGUCAACCAGGUACACCAGGACAACCAGGCCAACCAGGCCAACCAGGAACACCGGGCCAACCAGGCCAACCAGGAAUACCGGGCCAACCAGGAACACCAGGCGAACCCGGCCAGCCCGGCUACCCAGGAGGACCAGGACAACCUACACAGCCCGGCUACCCAGGUCAACCAGGACAGCCAGGAUACCCAGGUCAACCAGGACAGCCAGGAUACCCAGGUCAACCAGGUACACCAGGACAACCAGGCCAACCAGGAACACCGGGCCAACCAGGCAAACCAGGCCAACCAGGAACACCAGGACAACCAGGCAAACCCAGCCAGCCAGGCUACCCAGGAGGACCAGGACAACCUACACAGCCCGGCUACCCAGGAGGACCAGGACAACCUAUACAGCCCGGAUACCCAGGUCAACCAGGACAGCCAGGAUACCCAGGUCAACCUGGUACACCAGGACAACCAGGCCAACCAGGUCAACCAGGAACACCGGGCCAACCAGGCAAACCAGGCCAACCAGGAACACCAGGACAACCAGGCAAACCCGGCCAGCCAGGCUACCCAGGAGGACCAGGACAACCUACACAGCCCGGAUACCCAGGUCAACCAGGACAGCCAGGAUACCCAGGUCAACCAGGACAGCCAGGAUACCCAGGUCAACCAGGACAGCCAGGAUACCCAGGUCAACCAGGUACACCAGGACAACCAGGCCAACCAGGAACACCGGGCCAACCAGGCAAACCAGGCCAACCAGGAACACCAGGACAACCAGGCAAACCCAGCCAGCCAGGCUACCCAGGAGGACCAGGACAACCUACACAGCCCGGCUACCCAGGAGGACCAGGACAACCUAUACAGCCCGGAUACCCAGGUCAACCAGGACAGCCAGGAUACCCAGGUCAACCUGGUACACCAGGACAACCAGGCCAACCAGGUACACCGGGCCAACCAGGCAAACCAGGCCAACCAGGAACACCAGGCGAACCAGGCAAACCCGGCCAGCCCGGCUACCCAGGAGGACCAGGACAACCUACACAGCCCGGCUACCCAGGAGGACCAGGACAACCUACACAGCCCGGAUACCCAGGUCAACCAGGACAGCCAGGAUACCCAGGUCAACCAGGUACACCAGGACAACCAGGCCAACCAGGCCAACCAGGAACACCGGGCCAACCAGGCCAACCAGGAAUACCGGGCCAACCAGGAACACCAGGCGAACCCGGCCAGCCCGGCUACCCAGGAGGACCAGGACAACCUACACAGCCCGGCUACCCAGGUCAACCAGGACAGCCAGGAUACCCAGGUCAACCAGGUACACCGGGCCAACCAGGCAAACCAGGCCAACCAGGAACACCAGGCGAACCAGGCAAACCCGGCCAGCCCGGCUACCCAGGAGGACCAGGACAACCUACACAGCCCGGCUACCCAGGAGGACCAGGACAACCUACACAGCCCGGAUACCCAGGUCAACCAGGACAACCCGGAUACCCAGGACAACCAGGACAGCCAGGAUACCCAGGUCAACCAGGUACACCGGGCCAACCAGGCAAACCAGGCCAACCAGGAACACCAGGCGAACCAGGCCAACCAGGCAAACCAGGCCAACCAGGAACACCAGGCGAAUCAGGCAAACCCGGCCAGCCCGGCUACCCAGGAGGACCAGGACAACCUACACAGCCAGUAUAUCCAGGACAACAAGGACAGCAAGGUCAACCCGGUUCACAAGGACAACCAGAAUACCCAGGACAACAAGGACAACUUACUGAUCAAAAACCCGGUGUAAAUGGAGAUAAUACUAUGGGACAACCUUCUGGAACUGGAGUACAACCUCCCGUCUAUCCUCCAUCAAGUCAAAUGCCACCGUUCCCGAUAUACGUCAUACCUUACCCCUUACCAAUUGUGCCAAGCCCUGGAUCAUGCCCUUGUUACCUUUUAAAUCCGGGCAAUAAUGACUCAAAUACUGUGUCACAGUCUCAAAAUAAUCAGAAUAGCAACCAAGCUUACACUCCUUAUGGAAUAAUAGGUUUUAUUCCAGUAGUUUUUGUACCCAAUUGCCCAGGAAAUAACACUGAAAUGCAAACGGCGCAACAGAACUUCCCCAAUGCAGUAUCAGUUCCAUACAACUGUGCUCAAUGCCAAGCAAGCAGAGAUGUGUAUCGAUACUUUGGAAGACUAAAUGGUGGGCGUAGUGUAGAUCUUAAUGAUUUGAAGGAAAUUAAAUCAUUGACAGAACUUGAAAAUCUAUUGAAAAAUGAAAUCAAACCACCCCGAAGAAGCCUUAAGAGGAUAGCCGUUCAUGCCAGAGUGCUCGAUGAAGUAACAAAUGACAAGAAGGUGAAAAAACACGUGAAAAAUCACACAUAAAUGCUUAGAUUUAUGGUUAGUAAAAUUUUAAAUAAGGUUAAGAGUUAUUUUGAGGUCGACCGACAAUAUCUUGGACGAUUUCAAAAUAUUUUACAAAUUUAAUAUUUAUUUUCUGAUAAGUUCAGAAAAGAAAGAUGAUUUUAAAUUCAAAAUAUCAUCAUUAAAUAUGACCAGUAUGUAAUAUUUACAAAUGUAAUUUGUACUUGACUUGAAUAAAUUUCUUUUUUAUAUUUUAAUACAUAGUUUUUUACAAUUUGUGGCAUAAACAAGGUCAAUUGUUUAGAUUUAAGAGUAAAUAAAUAAAUAUAUCUAUAAUUUA